CACUUACACAGCUUAUAAGAUAACCAAAAACUGGUAAGUGGUUUUAGGGACAGUGAGAGACAUGUCGAAAGAGAUUCAGCUGCCAGGUUUCAGAUUCCAUCCAACUGAGGAAGAGCUUCUUGAUUUCUACCUCAAGAACAUGGUUCACGGGCAAAAAACAAAAGUAGAAGCCAUUGGUUUUCUCAACAUCUAUCGUCAUGAUCCAUGGGACUUGCCUCGUUUAGCGACAAUAGGGGAGAGGGAAUGGUACUUCUUUGUGCCAAGGGAAAGGAAGCAAGGGGACGGAGGGAGACCAAGCAGGAUAACUGAGAAAGGAUACUGGAAAGCAACUGGGUCUGAUCGUAAGAUCAUAAGCUUGUCUGAGCCAAAACGUAUGAUUGGGCUCAAGAAGACCCUUGUGUUCUACACAGGAAGAGCACCAGGAGGGACCAAGACUGAUUGGGUCAUGAACGAGUUCCGGAUGCCUGACAACCUCACCUUACCAAAGAACGUUGUGCUUUGUAAGAUAUAUAGAAAAGCCACUUCUCUUAAAGUAUUGGAGCAAAGAGCAGAGAAGGAAGUUAAGAUGAAGCAAACACGUCCAAGCUCUCCUCUCACGUCUUCCGAGAACAAUUCUUUUGCUGGAAACGAGAAAGACUUGACGAUGAGUUCGUUCCCGUUUCCUCAACCAGUAGCCAUGAAAGAAGCAAACCACAUCUUAAUGCUUCAAGGGCAUAAUGAAAACUCAACGAACAAAGAGAAACAGAGAGAAGCAGAGAGAAAGGAAUCUUAUUCAUCACUGAAGCUGCCGUGUGGAGUCUUACCACUACCAGAGCUGCAGUUGCCUAAACAAGGAUUCGAAUUGGGACAAGACCAGUUCUUGAGUAUAAGCCCAUGGCUGCAGAAUCUCACGCCUAUAAUUAACAUAUUAUAUUUUUAAUGUAUGUAAAAAACAAAUCUCGUACAAAGAUUAAUUAACCCAUAUACUCACUUUUGGUAUAAACCAUAUUGUGGAUUGCCAUAAUCGAAACCUGAACCGGAACCAAAACCGGAACCGUACCGAACCGGCUCAUUAAGGUUCUAGGUCGGCUAGUAUUUUCCUAAUCCUUAUUGGAUUAUGAUUUGGUGUUUUCUUAUUCCUUGUUGUAGUAGGAUUUGUACUAUUUUCUUUUCCUAGUUGGUUUAGAUUUUUCCUUUUUUAGAAUCUUGUAAUUCCCUAUAUAAGGGAACCUUAUGUUAAUGAAAUAAACACAACCAUUCCCCCC